UUUAUAAUUGUUGUACAAAUGACUUAUUUAAAUGACUGGUGGCAGUGAUUUUGCUGUGCGAUGGUGUGAAAAUACCUUUAAUGACAACAGUAGUAAGCAUUAAUUGGUUAUUAGCCAAGUAGAAAAUUGUAAACAACAACAAUUACACUGGCAUUGUCAUUUUAUUUUUGAGUUUCUAAAUUAUGUUGUUUUCUCUCAACAGAUCCUGCAAUUUGUUCUCCAAAAAACAACCCUUUGUUUUUUCAAACUCCAAACAACCCAAAGGCACUUUUAAGAGCCAAGUCUGUCUUGUUAAACUGUCCUUGCUGUGUUGUACUUGAUAGUCUCUUCCUAUCUCUCUAUUUAUUUCUCUGUCUAACUCUGUUGUCAGUCUUUCUUCUGUGUCUCUGUCUGUGUCUCUUCACUAUAAUGAGUGAUUCUGAUCUUGAGGAUCUCCUGAGAAGCGCAGAUGAGCUGGUUGAGCAGAAAGAGUUAAGGGAUGACCUACGGAGUGCUGAUGAUUUGCUUUGUAAAGUGGAAGCGGCAACAACAGCAGCAGCAGCAGCAGCAGCAGCAGCAGCAGCAGCAGCAGCAGCAGCAGCAGCAGCAGCAGCAGCUGCAGCAGUGCCAGCAGUGUCAAUGAUGUGCUGGAAGAAGAGAGACAGUGAGGGAAACUUGAUCUUUGCAAGACCACGUUCAACCCGGAAUGUCUCAAAUCAGGCUGGCUGCAGUCGUAACACUGAUCCCCCCGUUGCUGCUCCUGACCCUGACUGUGAUCUGAUCUUUGCUCCAGCUAUCGCUCCAGAGACUGUUGAGGGGUUUCUACGAGAUCUCCAGCAGUCUCUGAGCGAUACUACAGGAGAUGAGGUGGUAGCACAAACCCCAAGUGCUUCUCUGCUGGCAUCGACCAACUGGAGCACUCGAAAAAGUUUUUUUUCAGAGAGCUGGAGGGCAGCGAGACCACAUCUGGUUAACACCGUAGUGGCCCAAGCAAAUGUGGGAACACACAUUUGCCAACAGUGUUGGAGCAAAACGUCUGUUGUCCGGUGCCGGGAUUGCCGACCACAUCCCUUCUUCUGUGCUGACUGUGAUGUCAGCAUGCACACCAGACACCCCCUCCACAACAGAGAUGCUACUACUGCAGGUUACUUCCAGCCAUUGGCCCCAACAACACAUGUACUAAAUAUGGCCCUUUGCUCCUGUGUGCGGUUUGUACCUGUGGAGAUCCCGGACAAAAUCUGUGGUUGUGCAUCAGAGUCAUUGAGCCUCAAGCCAGGAAAGACUGUGACUGUGAUCACAGUGAAUGGUAAGAAUGGGAGGAAUGACGACAUGAGCUAA